UUCUGUCUCCAUAUUGAUUCUACCCUGAUGGCUUUGAGAGGCAGUAUAAUGUUCCUUUUGGUGGCGAUGAAUCUUUGCGGUGCUUGUUCUGGUGCUGGUGCUGUUUACAAAGUCGGCGGCCCGGAUGGUUGGAUAGUAGGUGUUGAUUAUAACCAGUGGUCCUCAUCAAAAGAGUUUCGCGUAGGCGAUGGUCUUUUCUUUUCUUACAAUAAGCAAUACCACAAUGUGGUUCAAGUAUCUGAGCAAGGUUUCAAAUCCUGCAACUCCAGCUCUCCCAUCGCAGCUUAUAGUUCCGGUUCAGACACGAUCACGCUUGAAAGGCCUGGCCACUAUUACUUUCUUUGUGGUGCUCCUGGUCAUUGUGAAGACGGACAGAAGGUCGACGUUCAGGUCAGCCGUCCCAUACCCGACAAUCCAAGUCCGGCACCUUCUGGAUUGUCUUCUCCUUCAACUCCUCAUCCUGAAGAGAGGCCACCACACUCUGCGGCUCUGACCAAUGCUCCAAAGCUUGCCUUGGCUGUCUUCGCUUCUGUGCUGGCAUGGUGUUUUCUAAAUUGAUGUUUUGA